AUGACGUCUCUGCAUUUGCAGGCCGCGGACGCAGGGUUGGGUUUCUAUUUUCACAGCCGAGAUUCGGGGGGGAACAAUAACAUGGAGCCGGAGAUGGAGGACAACACGUUGGAAUUAAUGGUAAGCUUUGGUGAUUAGGUGCCCGGGGUUGCUAUUGGGCCCGAAAAGGAGCCGUGGAGGCUUAAAUCGAAGGCUAAACGGGGUACCAAUCCGAACCGACGGUCAGGAGAGGUGGAGGAAAAAUGAGGGGGAACUAGAAAUAGAGGGAGGGCCUGAAAGAGCGAUAUUUUUCCUUGAGGAUCCUGGUCCAGCGAUUGACUAGGUCGUCGACACCUAGCUAUCGUUGAAAGUGACAGGAUAGUCCCUUAUUUUUGCAGUAGCCAAUUUGAAUCAGUAACAUGUAAAAUAGUUGAAAGGUUACUGAAAGUCGUCAGCUGAAGAAAGCCAAUAUUUUUGGGGUAGCGUUUCACUGCAGUGACGCUGCGCCACUCGGCCCAGUGUCAUAGUUAGCUAGCUAACUAGCUAGCCUGUUAGUUAUGGACACAACGUACCUGACUAGCUAUAUAAAUGUAUAUUAAAAUCGUGUUAGCGCGCAGUCUUCAUUGGUAGUUGAUUAGCUAGCUGAACUAGCCACAUGAUCAGUCCAAAAGCCAAUAUAUCAUAUUUCGGGAGGUUAUAGCUGUUUGCCCAGAGUUCUAGCUUGCAAGUUUUCUAGUUGUUGGUCUGACAUCAUUUUUGAUAGACAUCUGCCUGUCAAAAGACUGGCAAUUGGCUAACGUGAGAAUACUACUACAGUGUUGGUAGCUAGCUAACGUUAGUAGCUGUAAACCGAGUUGAUAGCUACAGUAAGCCAGAUAAUUACAGUAAAAGGGUCUGAUCAAAAAGUAACCGAUUUGGUUGCAGCCAGCACAACAGUUAUCAGCCACAGUUGUUUGUUUUGGGAGAGAAAGUGAAAUUCAACAGAACAAGACUGGCUCCUCACACCACAGCAAGGAUAGCAUUACCUUCACACUGAAUGCAGGCAGGGGAAAGCCUUGAAUGAAUCUGUCAGGACUUGAGUUUUCCAAUUUCCUAUUUAGGUAAAAGUCACACCCCUCUCUUAAACACAACAACUUUAAAAUUAGCCCUGCAAGUAAACUACAUUGAACUUGAGCUAGGAUACAUUCCAUGUUUCUGAUCUAUUUUCCCUCAGGCCUUCCCAGUACCCAGAUGUAGCCUUUCCCCAACCUAGACCAUAUUAGAUGGUCCUAUUAUAUGGCCUACUUUCACUGAAUUGUCUGGCAAUGUACACUCAUGUUGGGUUUGUUCUAGAUUGUUUUCUGUGUGUGUGUCUGUGCAUUUUGUCCCUAUGUAAAUCACUAACCACUUCAAUAGUGUGAGGAUGGCAGAGCAGAGGGCGGGGCAUGAACAAAAAUCCAAGGGCUGAAAAUGGACAAACAUGCCCGUUGCCCCUCCCACUCCUCUUCCUAUCCCCACCCACUUCAUAUGUAAUAAUGCUUUUGUGUGUCUGACUAUGCCUUGUGUUUGAAAGUGUGUGUAUGUGUUUUUACGCUCACUGUGCAAAUGUGUGUGUAGUUCUAAUACUGGUUUUUCCCCUCACUACCCCCCAACUCCUCUUCUCCUCAAAAACACUGGUUUGGUUACACAUCUCUCUCUCUCUUCUCAACAACAAUCUGUUCUUUACUCUUUCCUAUUCUGUUUGGCCAUCAUUCUCUUCGCUCCUAAUUUCUCCCACUCCUUUUGUCUAUGUAUUCUAUCACUCUGUCUCCACUCUUCUUCCUCCUGCGGCUCUAUCUAUCCUCUAAACCUCAUCUCCUUUCCUCCCCCCUUCAUCUCCCUUGUUCCCUCAUCUCUCUUUUCCUCUAUCCUCGUCACCCUUUCUCUCCCUCCCUGUCUCGUUCCUAUUUUCUCUCCUUUCAUUCCUCUCUCUCUCUCUCACACAGAGCUCUGUGCCUCGCUCUCUCUGGCUGGGCUGCUCCUCGGUGGCAGAGAGUUUGUGUGCACUCAGGUGCCAGCAGAGCAUCCCCUCCACCCGGGCUCACAACCAGGUUCUGCUACUCUCUCCUCUUAAUUCUGACCUACCUACCUACCUACUGCCCCACUCACCCCUCCCUCCUCCUCCUCCUCCCUCAGCCCUUCUCACCCCCUAACACCACACCACCACAUACUGUGUCUUGCAUCCUCCCAUGGCCCUUUUGCCUUCCUGCCUCUCGCUCCCCAAAAACCUUCUCUUCUCUUGGGCACCUCUCUGGCAUCUUCUGCUCCAAGGUAGAUCCAGCCCAGCUUCCAGGAGAUUUUGGCUUAAGUUGAUAUGUAGCCUCUUAGACAACGGUUGGUCACUGCAGACGAGCACUACCUGAAAGAUGCUUCCAUGUUUCCUGGGUAAAAAAAAGCUGAAGUGACACAAAUAAAAAAAUGCCAUCAAAGAGCAAGUUGUUUUUUUGUUAACAUUACACCAUAAACUGAACAUUGAUGAUAAGCCACUGUGAGCAUAAUAGGCUAACACAUGAAUCACAGGAACAGGGUUCUAUCAAGCCUGGCCAAACCUAGCUAGUGCUGAUCGAAGUGAAAGUUAAGCUUCUCGCUACUGUAAAGAGGAAGCGUUGCAUGUUGUUUUAAAGAACCAAAAAAUAGGCAAAAUUCUGUGGUUAUUGCCCAAGUUCACGUGAUAAAAGUUGUUUAGUUAAUCUGAAUCAGAAUAGCAGAGUUGGAGCUGCUGCUGGCUGGGGGGACAAUAAGGAGAGGCUACCAGAGCACGUUGCCUGGGGAGCAGUGCUAGGUUGCCUGGAGGUGUGUAGGACAGGUGGUGCUUUAGGACCCCCCCGCCCUGCCUGUUAAGCGGAGAGUGAGGCUCCAUGGUAUGCUUGCCUGGGUGUCACUGGCUGCCUGUCCCUAUAGCCUAGGCUGCUCUCUCUACACAACCUGUCUUAUCUGUCUGUCUGCUUUGUACGGAACUGCUAGUGUCUGCAUCAGCCUUGACCCCUGACCUUGUCUGUGUACCCGUCUGUCUGUCAACCCGUUUGUCUGUCCUGUUACUAUUGGUCUAAAACAGUGGUCACCAACUGGUUGAUCACGAUCAACUGGUCGAUCUCCUCCAAUUCUGUAAAAAACCCAACAAUAAAGACUUGCAUUCCUAUUAUAUAAAACAUUUUUGUGCUGUACGGUUUAAGUUGUUAUUCAGCACUGUCAGCACUUUGUUCUACACCUUUAUAAGCCAUAAAAUGCGCGUUCUCCCUACUUCCACACGCUACAACCAGCACUGCAGCUGCAAUCAAUGAGUGUAGCAAAGUGUUCCGAUAAGCUUGAGUUGAUAUUAUUAGCAGCUUGUCUUUAAUAUUGAGGAAUAUUUCACUUUCUCUGGUCAUAGGAGUAACAACAUGAAUUGGUACAUGAGGCAAAAAUAAUGCAGUGUGACUUGAGUUUCGCCAUCAGCUGAAAGACUGUGUCCCCUUUUCUCAGCGGAGGGCGGAGGGACGGUGAGGCGGGUGAGAUGCAGCCUCACCGCUGCUCCCUCCCUCCCCUCAGACUGACCAUCAGAUCCAGCACAUCAGUCCAGGAAAAAAAUAAGAAGCAAAUUAUGCUCACUUAGCUGUGCCUCAAGUAAUACAACAAAUUAUCUAUUACCAGUGUGAUCAUAUAACUACCUACAUUUUAAAAAGAAAGAAGAACAACAUUGGCCAGGCCAUUCAACCAUAGCCAAUAUGCAGAGAUAAUGUAUUGGGCCUAUAGCCUACUGCACAAACCUCAUUGCUACAGAACUGUUUUUAAUUUGAUUUGUUAAUGUUGCAUAGGCAAAACACAUUUUAAACUUUUUUUUAUGUUUAAGAACAUCUGAGCGGUAGAUCUCGGCUUGCAUUUUGACUCAAAGUGAUCUUGACAGAAAAGGUUGGUGACCACUGGUCUAAAAUGAUCCAGUGCAUUAUCAAUAUCAGUUUAAUUUUUGCAAAUGAGAUAGCCUACAGUAGCACGUCUCUCUUCUAUCUGAGGAAAUACCUUCUAUGGUUGUCUUCUACCGACAUCCAUACACACCUGGACAGGGCUGUCAAUAGUCUGACUGGUUCAGAUGAAGUGUGUGUCAGGGACAAGGACAUGUUACAAACCUGCGCUGUGUGUCUGAGCAUUUUAAUGGGAUACAGGGAGAGCGUAAGCCGGUCUGGUCAAACCUCUAACAGUACUCCUCCCAUCUCGCUCUCUUUCUCGCUUGCUCUCUUUCUCGCUCUCUUUCUUUCUUUCUCGCUCCCUUUCUUUCUCGCUCGCUCCCUCUCUUUCUCGCUCGCUCCCUCUCUUUCUCGCUCGCUCGCUCUCUUUCUCGCUCGCUCGCUCUCUUUCUCGCUCCUCUUUCGCUCGCCUUCUCUCUCUUUCUCGCUCGUCCUUCGCUCUCUUGCUCGCUCCUCCUCCCGUCUCUCUUUCUCGCUCGCUCGCUCUCCUUUCUCGCUCGUCUCGUCUCUCUUUCUCUCGGCUCUCGCUUCUGCUCUCUUUCUCGCUCCUCGCUCUCUUCUCUCUCGCUCGCUCGCUCUCUCGCUCGCUCCUUUUUCUCGCUCUCCUCUCGCUCCUCUCUUUCCGCUCGCUCUUCUUUCUCGCUCCCCCUCUCUCUCUCGCUCCUCGCUCUCUCGCUCCCUCGCUCUUCGCUCGUCUCCGCUCUCUUUCCUCGCUCGCCUCUCUUCCUUCUCGCUCCUCUCUUUCUCUCGCUCGCUCUUUCUCUCGCUCCUCCUUCUCUCUUCUCCUCGCUCUUCUUUCUUCUCGCUCUUUUCUCUCGCUCUCUCUUUCUCCUCGCUCGCUCUUUCUCUCUCUGCUCCCUCUCUCUCCUCGCUCGCUCUCUUUUCUCUGCUCCCCUCGCUCUUUUCUCUCUCGCUCGCUCUUUUCUCUCGCUCGCUCUCUUCUCGCUCGCUCUCUUGCUCCUCGCUCGCUCUUUUCUCUCUCUCGCUCCUCGCUCUUCUUUUCCUCGCUCUUCUCUCGUCUCGCUCUUUCUCUCGCUCGCUCUUUGCUCUCUCUCGCUCGCUCUUUCUCUUUCUCGCUCUUCGCUCGCUCUUUCUCUCUCUCCUCUCUCUCUGCUCGUCUUUUCUCGCUCGCUCUUCUUUCCGCUCGCUUUCUCUCUCUCUCGUCCUCGCUCUUUUGCUCUCUCUCGCUCGCUCUUUUCUCUCGCCUCGCUCUUUUCUCUCUCGCCUCUGCUCUUUUCUCGCUCGCUCGCUCUUCUCGCUCGCUCUUUCUCUCUUCGCUCUUCUCUCUUGCUCCUUUCUCGCUCGCUCUUUUUCUCUCGCUCGCUCUUCUUCUCGCUCUCUCUUGCUCCUCUCGCUCGCUCUUUGCUCUCUCUCGCUCGCUCUUUUGUUCUCUCGUCGCUCUUCUUCUCUCUCGCUCGCUCUCUCUUUCCUCCUCUUCUCGAGCUCUUUUUCGCUCUCCCCUCUCUCGCUCGUCUCUUUCCUGCUCUUCGCUCUCUCUCUCUUUCUCUCUCCGCUCGCUCUUUCUCUCUCGCUCCGCUCUUUCGCUCUCGUCGUCGCUCUUCUCGCUCGCUCUUUCUCUCUCUCUCUCGUCUGCUCUUUCUGCUCUUCUCUUCGUCUCGCUCCUUUGUCUCCUCUCUUCCGUUCUUUCCUCCUGCCUCGCUUGCUUCUCUCUGCAGUCUGCUCUUUCUCUCUCUCUCUCGCUCGUCUUUCUCGCUCUCCCAUCAUCUUUCCUGUCGUCUCUUUCCUCGCUCGCUCUUUCUAUCUCUCUCUCGCUCUUUCUCUCUCGCUCGCUCUUUCGCUCUCGCUCGAUCGCUCUUUUGCUCUCUCUCACUCGCUCUUUCUCGCUCUCUCUCGCUCUCUAUCGCGAGAAUCACGUCUAGGGCCGAGCUCGUAGACACUACCUUCCCCGUUCUCUUGUCGUGGUGGUUGGAAAGUUGGGUACUACCAGAUGAUGGUUUCGUUACUGUAGGGUUUGUCUAGCAGCCAGUGACAACCACAUGCUCCUGUUUAAUUUCCUGUCCAGACUGCACAUCACAGGCAGAGGAGAUGGAGAUCCGCUUUUUUACGUUGCCGUGUGUGUGAGAUUGUACGCUGUACAUUCAUGUGUUACUUUACCUUUUAAUUCACUCUAAUCAGUCAUGUUGUCUCUCCAUACAGAACACAACAGUAAUGUUGUUGUCUCUCCAUACAGGACACAUCAGUCAUGUUGUCUCUCCAUUCAGAACACAUCAGUCAUGUUCUUGUCUCUCCAUUCAGAACACAACAGUCAUGUUGUCUCUCCAUACAGAACAUCAGUCAUGUUGUCUCUCCAUUCAGAACACAUCAGUCAUGUUCUUGUCUCUCCAUACAGAACACAUCAGUCAUGUUCUUGUCUCUCCAUACAGAACACAUCAGUCAUGUUCUUGUCUCUCCAUACAGGAACACAUCAGUCAUGUUGUCUCUCCAUACAGGACACAUCAGUCAUGUUGUUGUCUCUCCAUUCAGAACACAUCAGUCAUGUUGUUGUCUCUCCAUUCAGAACACAUCAGUCAUGUUGUUGUUGUUGUCUCUCCAUUCAGAACACAUCAGUCAUGUUCUUGUCUCUCCAUACAGGACACUUCAGUCAUGUUCUUGUCUCUCCAUACAGAACACAUCAGUCAUGGAGUCACAGAACCACGUAGACGACCUCUCCCCAAAGAAAACCACAAUUCUCACCAAGGUGUGUGUGUAGGUGGAUUAUGAGUGUUUGUGUAAUGUGUAUUAGAGAUAUUAAAUCAUAUAAUGUAUCAAUCGUCCUUAAAAAAGCACUUAAGUUAUGACAAUGGGAAAUUAGAUUUCAGUGGGAAAGGAACUCGUAGUGAAGUGUGUGUUUAUGGAUGUGUGUGUGUGUGUGUGUUAGGGAUGUGCAUCUUUCCCAUUCAAGACGAUUCUAUACAUAUUUACAUACAUGGGCUAUGAUACAGGAGCGAUACGUUUUAGUUUGAAAGUUUAUGCAUUUGUUGCAUUAACAUUCAUUUUAAAUUCGAAUCUGCUGUUGAUAGAGCGCAUGAGCUGGGCCUUUGAGCUGGAUCUGUCAGAGCUGACAUCUGUUUGUUGUGUGUAUGUAUGUAAAUGAUGUACAGUGGGAGAAAAAAAGUAUUUAGUCAGCCACCAAUUGUGCAAGUUCUCCCACUUAAAAAGAUGAGAGAGGCCUGUAAUUUUCAUCAUAGGUACACGUCAACUAUUACAGACAAAAUGAGAAAAAAUUCUCCAGAAAAUCACAUUGUAGGAUUUUUAAUGAUUUUAUUUGCAAAUGAUGGUGGAAAAUAAGUAUUUGGUCAAUAACAAAAGUUUCUCAAUACUUUGUUAUAUACCCUUUGUUGGCAAUGACACAGGUCAAACGUUUUCUGUAAGUCUUCAAGGUUUUCACACACUGUUGCUGGUAUUUUGGCCCAUUCCUCCAUGCAGAUCUCCUCUAGAGCAGUGAUGUUUUGGGGCUGUCGCUGGGCAACACGGACUUUCAACUCCCUCCAAAGAUUUUCUAUGGGGUUGAGAUCUGGAGACUGGCUAGGCCACUCCAGGACCUUGAAAUGCUUCUUACGAAGCCACUCCUUCGUUGCCCGGGCAGUGUGUUUGGGAUCAUUGUCAUGCUGAAAGACCCAGCCACAUUUCAUCUUCAAUGCCCUUGCUGAUGGAAGGAGGUUUUCACUCAAAAUCUCACGAUACAUGGCCCCAUUCAUUCUUUCCUUUACACGGAUCAGUCGUCCUGGUCCCUUUGCAGAAAAACAGCCCCAAAGCAUAAUGUUUCCACCCCCAUGCUUCACAGUAGGUAUGGUGUUCUUUGGAUGCAACUCAGCAUUCUUUGUCCUCCAAACACGACGAGUUGAGUUUUUACCAAAAAGUUCUAUUUUGGUUUCAUCUGACCAUAUGACAUUCUCCCAAUCCUCUUCUGGAUCAUCCAAAUGCACUCUAGCAAACUUCAGACGGGCCUGGACAUGUACUGGCUUAAGCAGGGGGACCCGUCUUGCACUGCAGGAUUUGAGUCCCUGGCGGCGUAGUGUGUUACUGAUGGUUAGGCUUUGUUACUUUGGUCCCAGCUCUCUGCAGGUCAUUCACUAGGUCCCCCCGUGUGGUUCUGGGAUUUUUGCUCACCGUUCUUGUGAUCAUUUUGACCCCACGGGGUGAGAUCUUGCAUGGAGACCCAGAUCGAGGGAGAUUAUCAGUGGUCUUGUAUGUCUUCCAUUUCCUAAUAAUUGCUCCCACAGUUGAUUUUCUUCAAACCAAGCUGCUUACCUAUUGCAGAUUCAGUCUUCCCAGCCUGGUGCAGGUCUACAAUUUUGUUUCUGGUGUCCUUUGACAGCUCUUUGGUCUUGGCCAUAGUGGAGUUUGGAGUGUGACUGUUUGAGGUUGUGGACAGGUGUCUUUUAUACUGAUAACAAGUUCAAACAGGUGCCAUUAAUACAGGUAACGAGUGGAGGACAGAGGAGCCUCUUAAAGAAGAAGUUACAGGUCUGUGAGAGCCAGAAAUCUUGCUUGUUUGUAGGUGACCAAAUACUUAUUUUCCACCAUAAUUUGCAAAUAAAUUCAUUAAAAAUCCUACAAUGUGAUUUUCUGGAGAAAAAAAAUCUCAAUUUGCACAAUUGGUGGCUGACUAAAUACUUUUUUCCCCCACUGUAUGUCUAUGGUGUAUGUACACUAUAUAUACAAAAGUAUUUGGACACCUUAAAAUUAGUGGAUUCGGCUAUUUCAGCCACACCCGUUGCUGACAGGUGUAUAAAAUCGAGCACACAGACAUGCAAUCUCCAUAGACAAACAUUGGCAGUGGAAUGGCCUUACUGAAGAGCUCAGUGACUUUCAACGUGGCACUGUCACCACUUAUCCAACAAGUCAGUUCGUCAUAUUUCUGCCCUGCUAGCGCUGCCCCGGUCAACUGUAAGUGCUGUUAUUGUGAAGUGGAAACAUCUAGGAGCAACAACGUCUCAGCAGCUAAGUGGUAGGCCACACAAGCUCACAGAACGGGACCGCCGAGUGCUGAUGCUCGUAGCGCGUAAAUAGUGUCUGUCCUCUGUUGCAACUUUCACUACCGAGUUCCAAACUCUCUCUGGAAGCAAUAUCAGCACAAUAACUGUUUGUCGGGAGCUUCAUGAAAUGGGUUUCCAUGGCCAAGCAGCUGCACACAAGCCUGGAGUGAUGUAAAGCUCGCUGUCAUUGGACUCUGGAGCAGUGGAAACACGUUCUCUGUAAUAAUGAAUCACGCUUCACCAUCUGGCAGUCCGACAGACGGAUCUGGGUUUGGCAGAUGCCAGGAGAACGCUACCUGCCCCAAUGCAUAGUGCCAACUGUAAAGUUUGGUGGAUGAGGAAUAAUGUUCUGGAGCUGUUUUUCAUUGUUCGGGCUAGGCCCCUUAGUUUCAGUGAAGGGAGAUCUUAACGCUACAGCAUACAAUGACAUUCUAGACGAUUUGGGGGAAGGCCCUUUCCUGUUUCAGAGCAGACUGACGACCUCUGCCUGAGAGAGAGAGAAAUUGUAGUGACUAAAGGGUAUUGAUGGGGAAUAACAUCUGUAAUGUUCUUGUUCUUAUGUCUGCGUGUAUGUGUGCCCGUGCACAAAGCGAGGUCCGUACAGAAAUUGUUUGUCGAGAUCGUUGUGGAAGAACUUGACUGGCCUACACAGAGCCCUGACCUCAACCCAAUCGAACACCUUUGGGAUGAAUAGGAACGCCGACUGCGAGCCAGGCCUAAUCGCCCAACAUUAGUGCCCGACCUCACUAAUGCUCUUGUGGCUGAAUGGAAGCAAGUCCCUGCAGCAAUGUUCCAACAUCUAGUGGAAAGCCUUCCCAGAAGAGUGGAGGCUGUUCUAGCAGCAAAGGGGGGACCAACUUCAUAUUAAUGCCCAUGAUUUUGGAAUGAGUUGAUCGACCAGCAGGUGUUCACGUACUUUUGUGUGUCUAUGGCGUAUACCCCUCAAACGCAACUCUGGCCCUCGAAGCUGGUUCCACUGCGUUUAAAAAUAAAUUGUUCCCCUCUAAUCAGGGACUGAUUUAGACUUGGGACACCAGGUGGGUGUAAUUAAUUAUCAGAUAAAACAUUUACAUUUUAGUCAUUUAGCAGACGCUCUUAUCCAGAGCGAUUUACAGUUAGUGAGUGCAUACAUUAUUAUAUUUUUAUUUUUCAUACUGGCCCCCCGUGGGAAUCGAACCCACAACCCUGACGUUGCAAACGAACCCACAUCCCUGCCGGCCAUUCCCUCCCCUACCCUGGACGACGCUGGGCCAAUUAAAACCAGCAGCCUCUGGACCUCCUAGGUUAAGAGUUGAAUACCCCUGCUGUGAACUAUUUAGGCACCUGAUCAGAGCCAUAAGGAGACUAGGCAUCUACCACCCCACUACCAGAUUAGAGCCAUAAGGAGACUAGGCAUCUACCACCCCACUAUCAGAUUAGAGCCAUAAGAGAGACUAGGCAUCUACCACCCCACUACCAGAUUAGAGCCAUAAGGAGACUAGGCAUCUACCACCCCACUAUCAGAUUAGAGCAUUAAGAGAGACUAGGCAUCUACCACCCCACUAUCAGAUUAGAGCCAUAAGAGAGACUAGGCAUCUACCACCCCACUACCACUAUCAGAUUAGAGCCAUAAGGGAGACUAGGCAUCUACCACCCCACUAUCAGAUUAGAGCCAUAAAAGAGACUAGGCAUCUACCACACCACUACCACUAUCAGAUUAGAGCCAUAAGGGAGACUAGGCAUCUACCACCCCACUAUCAGAUUAGAGCCAUAAGGGAGACUAGGCAUCUACCACCCCACUAUCAGAUUAGAGCCAUAAGGGAGACUUAGGCAUCUACCACACCACUAUCAGAUUACAGCCAUAAGUGAGACUAGGCAUCUACCACCCCACUACCACUAUCAGAUUAGAGCCAUAAGGGAUGAUCUACACACAUAAGAUAAGCCAUAGGCUAGCAUCUACCCCCCACUACCACUAUCAGAUUAGAGCCAUAAGGGAGACUAGGCAUCUACCACACCACUAUCAGAUUAGAGCCAUAAGGGAGACUAGGCAUCUACCACCCCACUAUCAGAUUAGAGCCAUAAAAGAGACUAGGCAUCUACCACACCCACUACCACUAUCAGAUUAGAGCCAUAAGGGAGAUUUAGGCAUCUACCACCCCACUACCACUAUCAGAUUAGAGCCAUAAGGAGACUAGGCAUCUACCACACCCACUAUCAGAUUAGAGCCAUAAGGGAUAGAUUCCACCCCAUACAUUGAGGCAUAAGGUAGAUAGGCCUAGUCCUCCCUUAUGGCGUAAUUGAGUAAGUGGGUGGUAGCAUCCUACUCCCUUAUGGCUCUAAUCUGAUGGUGGUAGAUGCCUAGUCUCCCUUAUGGCUCUACUCUGGAUAGUGGUAUUGGGUGGUAGAUUGCCGAGUCUGCGUUUUAAAAUGGAUUCUAAUCAUGAUAGUGUGGUGGUAGAUGCCUAUCAAUUGAAGAGCCAUAAAAUACCACUAAGGCAUCUACCACACAACCACUACCACUAUCUAGAUUAGAGCCAUAAGGGAGACUAGGCAUCUACCACACACCACUAACAGAUUGAGGAGCCAUAAGGGAGACCUAUGGCAUCUACCACCCCCACUGAUCAGAUUAGAGCCCAUAAAAGGGAUUAGGGCAUCUAACCACCCCACUAUCAGAUUAGAGCCAUAAAGGAGACUAGGCCAAUCUACCCACCCACUAUCAGAUUAGAGCCAUAAAGGAGACUAGGCAUCUACCACACCACUAUCAGAUUGAGCCAUAAGCGAGACUAGGCAUCUACCACCCCCGCACGACCACUAUCAGAUUAGAGCCAUAAGGAGACUAGCAUCUACCACACCACUAUAGAUUAGAGCCAUAAGGAGACUAGGCAUCUACCACACCACUAUCAGAUUAGAGCCAUAAGAGAGACUAGGCAUCUACCACCCCACUAUCAGAUUAGAGCCAUAAGGGAGACUAGGCAUCUACCACCCCACUACCACUAUCAGAUUAGUGGGGGCGGGGGGGCAAUGUAGCCAAUGUUUUUUUGUCCCCCCACUUUGGUUCUGAAAUCAUUUCAUCCACAAAUUAACUUGUCAUUUGUGCAGAUUAAGUGUUUGAGCUAGUAAUGUUUCAAUAUUUAGAUGUUUUUAGUGAGCUUAUUUUCUCCUCCUGCUUUGGCCAUGCAGUGCGCCUCACAAAGUGAUUUCUGUCCUCAUUAUCAAAUGAUCAACUUUACCCUGUAUAUCUAAAAAUGACCAUAUACACUGAUUGUUUAAAGCGCAACCAAAACUAUUGCUGAUGGUGAACCUGAACAAUCAAAAUAAAAUCUAUUGUAAGCCCGGUUCAGCAGGUAUAUCCAGAUGACUCUGGUAGCUUACUUUUAUUCCGGUAAAACACCAUUUUCAACAGGCAUAGAUGACAAUAACCUAGCAAAUUCCAUAGGAUGUCACUCAACUAAUGAAGCCUAAUAGCGCGCAAGCCAUUUUAGCAUUUGAAUGCUGAAGGCGCUGCGCAGAUGUACAAGAUCAGGACUAGGUCGCCUACCUCGCGAAUCUGGGCACAGUGUGCAGUUUGACUAGGCUACUGAUAUUGCCUGGGGUUGUUCGGCAUGCAAAAUGACUGUCAACAGUUACAUGCAGUUUGACGCUGAAGGAGAGGACGCAUCAUUUUUCACAAAAGAUGAGCGGUAUUUUCGGAAGGUAGAAAGAAAGUAAUAUGAGCAACAACAAAAAAUGUGAACUAGCAAUUUCUAAAGUUUGAAUAGAUUUUCUGACCAAUGCAUGCUACAUUAGGGUUGGUUUGGGGUCCGCGGACCAAUGCACUUGUUUCUUAAAUAUUUGAAUCGGGGACUGAUUCGUAUCGGUGAAUCAUUACAUCCCGUGUGCGUCAGUAACCCCUCUGUCCUUUCCCUGUCAGCUUAGUAACGGUCCUGUAAUGACAGGCUCUCGUAAGCGUCCGUCAGAGGGGAACUGUGACAAGGAGAAGGAGCAGUGCAUCGCCCUGUUUGACCAGUGGUCUGAGACUGUCCAGGUGGAGUUUGUAGAACACCUCAUCUCCCGUAUGUGUCACUACCAACACGGCCACAUCAACUCCUACCUCAAACCCAUGCUCCAACGUGACUUCAUCACAGCGCUGCCAGGUAACACACACACACACACACACACACUUUCAGACUCUCGAACACACUCCACACACUCAUUUGAAUGCUUACACACACACACACACACCACUCAGACUUCUGAACUCUCCCAUAUUCACACACUCAUCCACACACACACUCCUUUCUUUCUCUCUCUUUCUCUCUUUCUAGCCCAGGGUCUGGACCACAUAGCAGAGAACAUCCUGUCGUUCCUGGAUGCGCAGUCUCUGUGCUCGGCAGAGCUGGUGUGUAAGGAGUGGCAGAGGGUGAUCUCAGAGGGUAUGCUCUGGAAGAAACUCAUAGAACGCAUGGUGCGCACAGACCCCCUCUGGAAAGGCCUGUCAGAGAGGCACCAGUGGUGAGCACACACACACACACACACUGAAACAAUUACACCAGACUUCUUUGAAUUCUGAAACUUGAGUUCUCAUUGGCUUGUUUUUCUGUCCGUCAUCUCAGGGAGAAGUAUCUGUUCAAGAACCGAACGACAGAAGUCCCGCCCAACUCCUACUACCACUCCCUCUACCCCAAGAUCAUCCAGGACAUAGAGGUAAGACUGUAGCUCUGUCCACAAACAACCCCUAGCCCUUUUUGGUUUCACAGGGCUCUGGUGUAAAGUAGGACACUCUAUAGGGAAUAGGGAAUGCCAUUUGGGAAGCAUGUUGUGUACCUAUAGACGUUGAUGAAAAGGCUUAUUAAUCUUGAUGGAGAAGAGAUCUAUUUUCCUCUCUCACCUAAUCUUGUUGUUCUCCCCAUCAGUCUUGAUCUCUUGUUUUUCCUCGCUCACAUAUCCACUCCUCUUUCUCUCUGUUCUCUCUGUUCUAUACCUGCCCUGUUGUCUUCUUGUGUAUCCCCUCUCCUCUCUCUUCUGCCCACUACCUGUGAACCCCCCUCCCUGGUCUCCUCUACUCUACCCCCCCCCUCCCUGGUCUCCUCUACUCUACCGCCCCCUCCCCUGGUCUCCUCCCCUUCCACCCCCUUCUCUCUCCUCCCCUCCACCCCCUCUCGCUCUCCUCUCUUCCCCUUCUAUCUACUCUCUCUCCUCUCUUCCCCCCCCUCUCUCUCCUCCUUUUCCCUCUCUCUCUGUAGACUAUUGAGGCUAACUGGCGGUGUGGCAGACACAACCUGCAGAGGAUCCAGUGUCGGUCAGAGAACAGUAAAGGUGUCUAUUGCCUCCAGUACGACGACGAUAAGAUCAUCAGUGGCCUUAGAGACAACUCCAUAAAGGUGUGUGUGUGUGUGUGUGUGUGUACCUGUCUUUUUGACGGGACAAGAUGGAUGAAUCAUCAUGUACAGACAGUAUUACCGACAAUACCUUUUUGAAGUGAAACAGCAGCUUGUCUCUCUCGGAGAACAGACAUUAAUUAAAAGAUGAAAGGAGUAAUUUUCCCACUCUUUGUGUGUUCCACUCAUCUGUCUGUCCUGGAGGGAGAAAGGGAGGGGGUGAGGAUUUGUCUUGUUAUUGGUUUAGAGGGGGAGACUGUGUCUGACUGAGGUACCCAGGAAAGGGCUAGCCUGCCCAGCUCCAGAGCUCUAGUGCACAGAGAUCCCACCACACUGCAGGGAAAUGGGGCAUGAACAAUACUCUGAGACCAGCUCAUUCUUACCCUGACCCAAAUCUCCUGCUCACUUUCUCUCUGUCCCUCUCUGUGUGUAUAGAUCUGGGACAAGCAGUCUCUGGAGUGUCUGAAGAUUCUGACAGGUCAUACAGGCUCAGUGUUGUGUCUGCAGUAUGACGAGAGGGUCAUAGUCACUGGCUCCUCCGACUCCACUGUCAGGUAUGACACGGCCGUCAUCAUACACACACUUGGGGUUCGUCCAAAUGGCACCCUAUUCACUCUGUAGUGCACUAGUUUUGACCAGGAUCCAUAGGACUGGUCAAAAGUAGUGCACUACAGUAUAUAGGGAAUACUGUGCCAUUUGGGACACCUAUACGGUACCUCCACACAUAUCUAACUACGAUAUGACUUCUUCAUGAUUAGGUCCAUAGAAAUACAUAUAGAAUCCCUAGAAUGGACAUUGGCAUCCUAGAAACGUGACUAAAAAGCUUCCUUGGUCAGGAUAGCCAACCAUGUCGGUUUGCAUCAGUCUCCACAUCUCUCUGCUUCACCCCAUUCCCCCCACAGCCAUCUGUGAUCUGUCUUCAAUCACUGUGUCCCCCAAAUGGCACCUUAUUCCCUAUGAAGUGCACUGCUUUUGACCAGGGCCCAUAGGGAUCUGGUCAAAAGCAAUGAACUACUUAGGGAAUAGUGUACCAUUUGGGACGCAAUCACAGUCUGCUUCACUGUUAGUUCCGACUGUCACACUAGCCUGCCCUCCGAGUAGCCGAACAUGGAGAGCCUUUAGCAGUGGCACUCUGCCUUGAGAUUUAUCUGUGAGAUAUCUGUCUAUAUAUGAAACCUUCCUCCACAUGUAUUUAUAGCUAGUGUGCUGCCCAGCCAUCUCUCUCUUAGAUACAGUAGCUAUAUCCACCAUCUGUGAAUGCCAGUCUCUCUACCACACUUAAUACAGUCUGUGCUUCACUCUAUCGUCUGGAGCCACACACACACACCGAUUGUUGGCGUUGCCUGAAGAGAUUGAUAUUUCAAUUAUAUCGUCAACAUUUCUCACCCUUCAGUAUAGGUCUAACUAACUGUUAGAUUUCCUAUCUUUGACACAGUGUACAAUUUGGACAGACUGUUGAGUGAUUGUCAAUAUGGUUAGCUAACAUUUUGCCUGCUGCACACAAGCUCAACCUUCACACACUCAUUACUUCACUAUCCAAGGAAAAUGUGACUUCACUUCCUUAGCAACGGCUUGACGGGCACUUGUUUGUGGCUUUGAGUGUCAGCUUUUCCAGUGUGUGUUUGAUCCUCUCUCCCUGCCCAACAGUGCAACUCAAUAAAAACGUUGUUAACGGCUGGUCCCGUGUGUGUGUGUUGACUGGGACUCUGCCCAGUGUAUCUGUCUGUUUGCAGUGCUUUCACUAAUAAGUCUCUUUCACUCACGCUCUCGUUUUCUUUGUUUUUACAACUUUCCCUCUUUUUCCCCCUCUCCCUAUCAUACCCUGUCUCUCCACCCCUCUUUUCCCUCUCGCUCCUGUCUUUCUCUCUCCCCCUUCCUUCUCUCUCCCCCACGCUCCUGUCUUUCUCUCUCUCCCCCUUCCUUCUCUCUCCCCCUCGCUCCUGUCUUUCUCUCUCCCCCUUCCUUCUCUCACUCCUGUCUUUCUCUCUCCCCCUUCCUUCUCUCUCCCCCUUCCUUCUCUCUCCCCCUUCUCUCUCGCUCUCUCUUGCUCCCCCCCCCCGCAGGGUGUGGGACGUGACGUCAGGUGAAGUAUUGAACACUCUGAUCCAUCACAACGAGGCGGUGCUCCACCUGCGCUUCUGUAACGGUCUGAUGGUGACGUGUUCUAAGGACCGCUCCAUCGCCGUGUGGGACAUGGCCUCGCCCACCGACAUCAGCCUCCGGCGGGUCCUCGUGGGGCACCGCGCCGCCGUCAACGUGGUCGACUUCGACGACAAAUACAUUGUGUCGGCGUCGGGAGACCGCACCAUUAAGGUGAAAGGGGCGUGUGUAGAUAGAUCUUGGGAUAUAGAAUGUGGGGCUUAUGUGUGUGCACAUGAGUAUGUGAUGUCUCUACAGUAGUGGAUAUUGGAGUUGUUUCAUGUUCAUAUUGAUGUGGGGCAUCAUGAGUGUCUCUCCAUCUCUGCUGCCCCCUGUAGGUGUGGAGCACCAGUACGUGUGAGUUUGUACGCACGCUAAACGGACAUAAGCGAGGCAUCGCCUGCCUGCAGUACAGAGACAGACUGGUGGUCAGCGGCUCCUCUGAUAAUACCAUACGGUAGGAGAGUGUGUGCGUUUUCUAGUUUCACUAGGUUUAAUCGGCGUGGUGGGAUGUGUGUCUGUUGGUCAUGACACAGGGUUCCCCCAAGGUGCUUAAAUUAAAGUACUGGAAUACCUUGAAAAUCAAGUUGGUACAUAAAGUACUUGAAUUAAAAUGAGAAGAACAGACAAUGAUCAAAUGUUAAUGAAAAAUAUUAGAAAAAUAUGUUGUUCUUGUGAAUACAUUUCCAGGCAGACUACAGAGUUAUAUUUCCUCACGCGUUUCGUGCUGUGGUUGCCAGGCGAGUUUGCUCAUUCCACCCACACUGCCACUCAGCCAGGCAGGUACAGAACUGAUUAAGCGCUGCCAAACGUCACAUCGACAGCUAAAAUGCCGGGCAAAUGUAGAUUCAAUCCUACCUUUUGUGCGUAUGGAAAAUGUCUAGGAUCUUUUAUUUCACUUUACAUGUUGCGUUUUUAUAUUUUUGUUCAGUAUAGUUUACCCACCUUUUUACCACUACAUCACUGGACUCAACCAACCCACACUGUGUAAGGUGCCAAAUAUGUGUCAGACAUUGACAUUGUGAGCAUGGGUGAAUCGGCCCUGAAGAGCCACAUGAAGGGGGAUCCCUGAAGCUGCAUCCUGCGCUGUCGCCAGUUCUACAUUGUGAUUUUUUUUCUCUGCAACAACCUCCAGAGCUUUUUUGCCAAUAGCCUCAAACACGGGGCGCCCGCGAUAUUCUGCUUUAUCAAGCGCCAGCCGUGCUCCUGCCACUCACACUGAUAUUAGUGCUUGAAAAAGUACUUGAAAGUCCUUGAAUUUGACUUGCCACUGUCUGUAUGAACCCUAAUGAGAUACAAUGUGUGUGUGUUAAUGUAUGGUCUCCAGGUUAUGGGAUAUUGAGUGUGGAGCGUGUUUGCGAGUGUUGGAGGGUCAUGAGGAACUGGUCCGCUGCAUUCGCUUCGACAACAAGAGGAUUGUCAGUGGUGCCUACGACGGGUGAGACACACAGUAAAACAGUUUACGGAUUGAUCGUUGUCUUCUUCCAACAAACACACACUGUUGUUCUGACCUUGUCUCCUCUCACUGCAGUAAGAUAAAGGUGUGGGACCUGCAAGCUGCUCUGGACCCACGAGCCCCAGCCAGCACCUUGUGCCUGCGCACACUGGUGGUGAGUUUCUUUGUGUGUGUGACUCCGUCAAGGUGUUUGAGUGUUUUAAUGUGUCUCUGGUCUGUUGUUGGCAGUGACCUUACGUGGUUGUCAUGGUAAUGUUUUUUUGUUUUUUUCAGGAGCACUCGGGACGUGUGUUCCGGCUGCAGUUUGACGAGUUCCAGAUCAUCAGCAGUUCCCAUGACGACACCAUCCUCAUCUGGGACUUCCUGAAUGUGUCGACCAAUGGACAGUCAGAGGGCCGGUCCCCCUCACGGACCUACACCUACAUCUCCAGAUAG